GCAGCGGCGGCAGCGGCGGCGGUGUCAACGGUAACGGCAACGGCAACAGCGGUGGCAGCAGCAGCCUCAAGACGGCGCACGCAAAGGUUGCCACAUCGGGGGGGCAUGCCAACACGCAGCCCCCCAGCAAGCGCUCCAGCAGCGGCGCCGAUGGCGACUAUCAACUGGUGCAGCACGAGGUGCUCUACUCGCUGUCAGCGGAGUAUGAGGUCCUGGAGUUUCUGGGCCGCGGCACCUUUGGCCAGGUGGUCAAGUGCUGGAAGCGCGGCACUUCCGAAAUCGUGGCUAUCAAAAUCUUAAAGAAUCAUCCGUCGUACGCGCGUCAGGGCCAGAUCGAGGUCUCGAUACUGUCGCGCCUCAGCCAGGAGAACGCGGAUGAGUUCAACUUUGUGCGCGCCUUCGAGUGCUUUCAGCAUAAGAACCACACCUGCCUGGUCUUCGAGAUGCUCGAGCAGAAUCUCUACGAUUUUCUCAAGCAGAACAAGUUCUCUCCGCUGCCGUUGAAGUACAUACGACCUAUACUGGAGCAGGUGUUGACUGCCCUGUUGAAGCUGAAGCAAUUGGGCCUGAUUCACGCCGAUUUGAAGCCGGAGAACAUAAUGCUUGUGGAUCCAGUGCGUCAGCCGUAUCGCGUAAAGGUCAUUGACUUCGGCAGCGCCUCGCAUGUGAGCAAGACCGUCUGCAACACGUAUUUGCAGUCGCGCUACUAUCGGGCGCCAGAGAUUAUCUUGGGCCUGCCGUUCUGCGAGGCUAUUGAUAUGUGGUCCCUGGGCUGCGUGGUGGCCGAGCUCUUCCUGGGCUGGCCUCUGUAUCCGGGCAGCUCUGAGUUUGACCAGAUUCGUUAUAUAUCGCAAACACAGGGCCUGCCCACGGAGCACAUGCUGAACAGUGCCUCGAAGACAUCGAAGUUCUUCUAUCGGGACGUCGACUCCACGUAUCCGUUCUGGCGCUUGAAGACCACCGAGGAGCAUGAGGCGGAGACGAACACGAAGAGCAAGGAGGCGCGCAAAUACAUUUUCAACUGCCUGGACGACAUCGGGCAGGUGAACGUGCCCACGGACCUGGAGGGCGGCCAGCUGCUGGCCGAGAAGACGGACCGGCGUGAGUUCAUAGAUCUGCUGAAGCGUAUGCUCACCAUUGACCAGGAGCGACGCCUCACACCGGCAGAGGCGCUGAACCACAGCUUCACCCGGCUCACCCACCUGGUCGACUACGUCUACUGCAACAAUGUGAAGGCCUCGGUGCAAAUGAUGGAGGUGUGCCGGCGAGGCGAUUUCCAUACCGUACAACCUGCGCCCACGCUGGUGACUAACUUUGUGCCCAGCAGCACGGAGAACAUGACCUUCACGAUCAACAACCAGCUGACCAGCCAGGUGCAGCGCCUUGUGCGUGAUGGCCGCCCGCUGGCCUACGAGGGCCUCUACCAGAUCUAUGGCGGCCGCAACGUGGCCCGGCAGUACCCGCAGGCGCGCACCGAUACGUUCCAGCACCAGCUGGUGUCGAACAUACUCUGUCCGCCCUCGUACCAGGCCAUGCCCAGUCCCACCAAGCACGUCGUUGUGGGCAGCGCCACGAUGCAGCCGCCGCUGCAGGUGCCGCCGCAGCAGUAUGUGAACGUGCCCGUGCCCGUGUCCAUGGUGGAGCCCAGCUCUGGGCAGCGCAUGCUGCUCACCAACCGGGUGCAGGCCAGUGGCGUUGCCUGGCCGCAAACCGGGCGCCAGAUGGCGCUGGUGCCCUCCUGGCCGCAGCAGGCGCCGGCGCAUUCGUUGAUCGUCGACUCGACGUCGCUCUUCAAUGUGGAGGAGAUCUAUCCCAAGCACCAUCUCAACUUGCCGCGCAACGAUCUCAAGAAGGAGUCGCCGGCUCAUCAUCUAGCCAAGGGCAGCUCGUAUCGUGUGCCGCGUCACGAGAAGAAGGAGCAUCAGCAGCUGUCGCCAGUGAAGAAGCGCGUCAAGGAGAGCUCGCCGCCGCAUCAGCAGCGCUACCAGCGCGCCGCCCACGUUUCGCCGCAGUACCACGCCCACCACAACUGCAACUAUGGCGGCGGGGGAGGAGGCUAUGGCGCAGGCGCCCCUGGCACCGUCGCCGCCAGCUCCGCCUCAUCAGCGAGCAAUAUCAUCAAUGCCAGUGGCAGCAGCUCGUCGAGCUCGCAUCACCACGUGCCGGCGGCCCACGCCCCGCACGGCAGCAGCAGCAGCAGCAGCGCCUACAACAGCGCCGGCCACCACAUUGUGGUGAGCAAUUGCAGUGGCAAUGGCGGUGGCUCGGCUGCCAGCUACCACGGCAGCAGCCAGCCGCCGCUGCACGCGCACCAGCAGCCGCACGUGAAGCAGCCCACCAUCACCAUCCACGACACGCCCUCGCCGACAGCUGUCGUGGGCGACGUGAUCACCAUAUCGGACAGCGAGGACGAGGGCGCCGAUGCAGCUGUGCAGCCAGUCAAGCAGCGCGCGCAUGCGCAGUCGCAGACGAGCAGCAGCCUGAUGCAGCAGCAGCAGCAGCAGCAACAUCCGCAUCAGCAUCAGCAGCAGCAGCAGCAUCAACAGCAGCAGCACUCGACGAGCAAUUCGCAUUGCCGCAGCAGUGGCGGACAGCCGUUGCACGUGCCACACCAGGCCGUUAAUUAUGGUAAUGCUCAACACAGUUCCAUGUCCAACCCGAACAGCUCCGCGAAUGCCAAUGCCAAUGCCAGCAGCAGCAGCAGCAGCAGCAGCAGUCAGCGUUUGGCCAGCAAAUGUGGCGGCCAGCUGGGCGGCAGUAGCGGAGCUAAUCAUCAUAGCCAUCAUAGCCAUCACAGUAGUCACCACAACAGCAACAGCCAGCAGCAGCAGCAGCAGCAACAGCAGCAGCUACAGCAGCAGCAGCAGCAACAACAACAAUUGCAUCAGCAACAGCAGCAACAGGCUUGCUAUCAGUCAAGCUCCCACAGUAAUGGCAACGGCAACAACAGCAACAACAACAAUAGCAACAACAACAGUCAUCACACCACUUCCAAUUCUGCUUCCACUUCCAACCAACAACAACCUCAACCACCUCAACCACUACACCACCAUAACCAUCAUGGUCUACAGCUCCCCCCCGCACCCAUUUCCAUGAAYAGCACCACAAUACACACUUCCUCCUCCUCCUCUUCUGGUAACCUCUGUCCUAAUCCUGUAGCUGCUGUUCCUGACAUUCCCUCGUCCUCCUCCACCUCCUCCUCUGGCCCUGCCACGUCUCAGUCGCAUCUCAGUCGUCAUAAGCCAACGCAACAACAGCACGUCCAUCUAGUAAUUCCAUGCGUUACCGUAGGUGAUCACGAUCCGGAGGAUGCGCGUCGACGUCACCACGCGGCAGCCGCCGCCGCUCUCUCCGUGCCCACUGGCAGCAGUCCCAAGCAUCAUCAUCAGCAGCAGCAGCCACAGCAGCAACAACAACAGCAGCAGCAGCAGCAGCAGCCACCGCCUGUGGCCAGCCUGCCGCAUAUUCCAACCAAGCAGGAGCCAGCCGAGUUCUAUCCGGACUACCCGCCGCAGCAACCGCAGCACCUGCAGCUGGAGACGAAGCGCAGCUCUUGGGCAGCUGGCUCGAGUACGGCAGCCAUGCCCCUGGCACAUCCGAAGCGCGAGGCGCCGUCUGUGGCGCCCGUCAGCUAUGCGGCGCCCACUGUCGCCCCACCGCUGGCCCACUCGAAGAGCAGCUCGAGCAGCUCUUCGUCGAUCAGCGCUGCGGCUGCUGCAGCUGCGGCAGCCGCUGCCGCCGCGGCCAGUGUGGGUCCGCCGUCGUGGGGCCCGCCCCAAGUCUACCGGCAGCCAUCACAGCCACCGCCAGCAUCGGCCUCGGCGGGUGGUAGUGGUGGCGGUGGUGGCAGUGGUAGUGGAGGUGGUGUUGCCACCCAGCCGCCCGCUGGGCCGCCGCAUCAUCAUCACAGCAGYCACAGUCAUCAUCAUCACCAUCAGGCGGGCACGCCGCUGGGUGGCUCGCCGUCGUCGACAGCCGCCGCGGCCAUGUUGCAGACGGACAUUUACGCGCAGGGCGAUAUGUACCGCAGGCCCACCGUCUAUGUGUCCCAGGCAGCGCCCACUUACGCGUACUCGAAUCGAGCGGUGGUUGCCCCACCACCGGCCCACAACAGCUCCAGUCGACAGGUCAUACCAUCCCAUCCAUUGCCGGCUCACAUUCAAAUCCCGUCGCAGUAUAGCCAAUUCGGACCAUUGAGUCCUGCCCAGGUAGCCGCCAGCAAGCAUGCGGCGCACUUUGCGCCCACCAACAUAUGGUAUGGUGCUGAGUAGCUUCCUGAUGUAGGGUGCACGAGGGUUGACGCGAGGAUGCCAGAGGCCACCACUGACAACAACAACAACAACAACAACUAGAACUACAACUACAACAAGCACACAGCUUCCUUUCCUAACUAAUCACACACAGAGCGUAGAACUUGUUUCUUGAUUGAUUGAUUGAUUGAUUGAUGCUCGAAUCUUUUAUGGCCUCGGCUGACGGCGACGACAACAACGAUAGCGACUACAACAACAACAGCAG